AUGGGCGGAGUAAUUCACACUUAUCUCGACUGCGUCUCGCCGUACUCGUUCUAUGCUUUUCGGCAUAUUUUGAGACAUCGCGACGUAUUGGCCAGCCAUGGCGUCAGCAUAGAACUCCACCCAGUCUUCUUGGGUGGGAUAAACGUGGGCUCUGGGAAUAAACCACCUUGGACUUUACCAGCCAAAGCCAAGCUCGGAGCAUCAGACCGUCGACAUGCAUCUCGGUACUUUGGAGUCCCAGAAUCCGAACCACCGCCAUUCUUCCCCAUUCUAUCUCUGCUCCCUCAACGCGCAAUCACGUACAUAAAAUCAGCCUACCCGCGCGCCAAAUUUGAAGAAACAUUCAACCUCUACUGGCAAUGGCUCUGGUACGAGCACCACGACAUCUCCAAGCCCGAUGUCCUUGCCAAAUUGCUGCAGUCCCCACAAGCUGGCUUUUCGGCUGACCAGGUUGCGGAAAUCAUGGCCGCGGCCAAUGACAAGAAAUGGAAGGAUGAACUGCUCGCAAAGACGCAGGAGGCAUUGGAUAAGGGUGCCUUUGGGGCGCCUUGGUUUUGGGUGGUUAGGACGGGAGAGAAGGGCGAGGUUUUCGAUGAGUGUGGGUUUUUUGGGAGUGAUAGGUUCCACUACAUGUGGCUCUUCCUAGAGCUGCCAUUUGAUGAUAUCAAAAUACAACCGGGGAAUCAGUCUCUUACGGAUGACAAGGCAAAGCUGUAG